GUCGACACUCGGGCGACAAAGGCGAAAAGGAUCGAACGCAGGUGACAGCUUCUUUCGUCGUCGCCUUGCCAAAAACCAAAACCUUCGCGGAAUCCUGAUUGUUAGAUCUGCAGAAAUCUCAAAUCACCAAUCGAUAUGGACAUUGACGAGGAAGAGUUCGAGGCCCCGACCUCCAGCAGCAGUCGCGGUGAACGGAAGCGCUUCGAGGUCAAGAAAUGGAACGCGGUAGCGCUCUGGGCCUGGGAUAUCGUCGUUGAUAACUGCGCUAUUUGCCGGAAUCACAUCAUGGAUCUAUGCAUCGAGUGCCAAGCGAAUCAGGCAUCGGCCACCAGCGAGGAGUGCACCGUCGCAUGGGGCGUCUGUAAUCAUGCGUUCCACUUCCACUGCAUUUCGCGCUGGCUGAAAACGCGUCAGGUAUGCCCUCUUGACAACAGAGAAUGGGAAUUCCAGAAAUACGGUCACUAGGCAGACCGGUGGUUCUUUGCAAUCUCUGAGAUGUGCUGCACCUUUAUCCUAAACCUUAGACAAACCCGGAAGCGCAGUUCUUCAGGAAGUGAUGGAAGGUUGUCUAAUUUGGGGAUAUCUAUUGCAAGUUGUAAGUUGCGUCCGGGUUUUGUUUUUGUGAAGCUUCGCCAACUACGAAUAAAUUAAAAUGUUUCGAUUUUAUCGACACCGGUACUCCGGAACAAGA